UGACUGAGCGUGGCGUCCGCUUACUGCAAGGGGCGGGGACCGUCCUCUGCGGAAGUUUGGGUCUCUGCGGCCUCCGUUCCCGGCGUGUUCUGGAGCCCGCACAGUGACUGCGGCGGAGGAACGCACCCCUGCUGACCAUGGAGUUCGACUGUGAGGGCGUGAGACGGCUGCUAGGCAAGGUGCAGGCAGUACAAGUUCAGGGAUCUGACCGUGGAAGAGCUGAAGACCGUGAACGCGUCUUUCCCGCACUUCAGAUACUCCGUGGACACCUAUGUUUUCAAAGACACUUCCCAAAAAGACCUGCUGAAUUUCACCGGUACAAUUCCUGUGAUGUAUCAGGGUAAGACGUACAACAUACCCAUUCGAUUCUGGAUCUUGGAUUCCCACCCUUUCGCUCCGCCCAUUUGCUUCUUGAAGCCAACUGCAAACAUGGAAAUCUCAGUUGGGAAACACGUGGAUGCCAAAGGCAGAAUAUAUUUGCCCUAUCUCCAAAACUGGAGCCAUCCCAAAUCUGCCAUUGUUGGAUUAAUUAAAGAAAUGAUCACCAAGUUUCAAGAGGAACUUCCUCUCUAUUCUGUGCCAUCGUCCAAUGAAGCGCAGCAGGUGGAUUUGCUGGCCUAUAUCGCAAAAAUCACCGAAGGUGUCUCAGACGUAAAUUCAAGGGGCUGGACAAAUCAUGAGAAUAAAAUACCCAAUAAAAUCACUGUGGUUGGAAGUGGAGACUUGGGUAUUGCCUGCACACUGGCAAUUUCAGCAAAGGGCGUUGCAGACAAGCUGCUCCUCUUAGACCUCUCAGACGGGACUAGCCAAGGGACGAUGGACCUUGAUAUCUUCAACCUGCCUAAUGUAGAGAUCAGCAAAGAUUUGUCUGCCUCUGCUCAUUCCAAGGUGGUGAUCUUCACAGCCAACUCCUUGGGUGGUUCCGAAUCCUACCUGCAUGCAGUACAAAGCAAUGUGGACAUGUUCAGAGCUCUUGUUCCAGCUCUGGGACAUUACAGUCAACAUGCUGUCCUGCUUGUUGCCUCUCAACCAGUAGAAAUUAUGAGCUAUGCGACAUGGAAGCUGAGUGCAUUUCCUGCGACUAGAGUGAUUGGGAUCGGCUGCAAUCUGGAGUCGCAGAGGUUACAGUACAUUAUCACGAAUGUUCUGAAGGCGCAGACUUCAGGCAAAGAAGCGUGGGUUGUUGGUGAACAGGGAGAAAACAAAGCUUGCUCGUGGAGUGGCCGAGAUGGAGUAAUGAGUCCCAGCUCUCAGGCACAGCUGUCCAGCAGAGCCAUGGAACUGUUGAAGGUAAAAGGUCAGAGAUCUUGGUCUGUUGGACUGUCUGUGGCUGACCUGGUGGAUACUAUUAUAAACAAUAAAAAGAAAGUGCAUUCUGUAUCAACUUUAGCAAAGGGAUAUUAUGGUUUAGAUAAUGAAGUAUUUUUAAGUUUGCCGUGCAUCCUGGGAACCAGUGGGGUAUCCGAAGUCAUCCAGACCGAAGCCGGAGAAGACACCGUGCCUGCGAUGCUCCAGAGCAGUGCGUCCUCCAUCCACGGUCUCCAGCAGCAGCUGAAACUGUGAUUCCCAAGCACAGUCGCCUGGAGAGGCGCACUUAUUUCAUUUUGCUAACACAAAUUGUCUUGAGAACUUCCACAACUUGCUAUUUAUUCUCAAAAACAGCCUUUAUAGUAGAUGGCUUCUUAAUUAGCUUUAUAAUUUGAAUCCUUGAGAAGUUAAGAGAAUGGGAAAGGAUCUAAUUUCUUGUGGUUUUUGACAUACCUAUACUGUUGUUUAACCCUGCAACAGGGAUAAACAUUCAUUUGUACUGUAUUUCAUUUUAAAUUACAUGUUGUAAACCUAAGGCACAUCUGGCACUUUAGAGAUGUUCUAUACAGAUUCCUGUUGGACAUUUCUUCUAAGUAUGGUAAGCUGAAGGCAGGAUGGGCUCAAAACCUGUGGUAGGCGUCUGUCCAUUCAGAGAAUCUUGGCUUUAUGGAUUAAUGCUGCUUUUACAAGAAGCAGGUCAUAGUAAUGGUGAAGUGUUUUACUUUCCUUCUUCAAAUUCACUAGCUAUCAAACACUAAAAAGGAUUUUGGUAUGCAUUUAAAUUGGUUAGAUGGAUUUUUUUUUUUUUCGGUUUUUUGGAUUUGGUUUUUUUCGAGACAGGGUUUCUCUGGGUAGCCCUGGCUGUCCUGGAACUCACUCUGUAGACCAGGCUGGCCUCGAACUCAGAGAUCCACCUGCCUCUACCUCCCAGAGUGCUGGGAUUACAGGUGUGCACCACCACCGCCCGGCAGAAUUUUUUAAUAUAUGAAAAAUAAUGUGGUUUAAUUUCCAGUGAGGUUUCUUUUCUGAAAUUUUCUAAAACCUCUUUCUGGGCUAGAAGAUCUCUAAUCUAUCUUAAAACUGUAUUAGUAGAAAAAGAGAGAUGUGUUUUCCCGUGGUCAUAGGUAAUGAAUAACAGCCACGCAGUGUAUUUUGAGACCAAAGUAUAAGGCUUUCCUAAAAAAAAACCAUUGGUCUUGUAGGAGAGAGGCGGCUGAUCUGCUGCUUCUGAGCAGGCCUUUUCUCCCCAGAAGAAACCCAUCUGACUGUGCCUUGGUAAUUGGUCAGUAGCAGUAUUUCCAUGUGGGAGGGAUAGCAUGGUGGGUGGCUGCUGUGACAUGCAGAUGACAACAACAGCUAACACAGCCCUUGUGUAGUGAGUGCUUUGUAGAAUCCUCACAUUAACUGGCUGAGGUAGGGACUAUUUAUCUUCACUACAGAAGAGGAAAUGAACUUUAGUGUCUAAGAUCCCGUGGGUUCUAAGGAGCAUUACUUACCUGUACAAUCUUUCUUUUUAAUAGGUAGUAACAGGAAUUGUGGUGACACUUAUGGGCCUAGAUGCCAAGUUGUUACAAGACACUAAAGUUAAGGUUUGGGAGACUAUGAAAGAAUUACUUUUAUUCUCAUAUGGGAGCUUCUUUAUGUAAUCUUGGCUGUCUUGGAGUUUGCUAUUGUAGACAGGCUAGCCUUGAACUCACAGAGAACUGCCUGCUUCUGUCUCCCAAUGGGAUUAAAGAUGUAGGUCAUCAUACCUGCCUAUUUUUGAAACAAAGAUUGAUUUGCCUCUUCCACCAGAGAUUCUACAAAGAGCAGAUGGUGUUUGUUUAUUUAUUAACACUUCACCUAGUAUUUAUUAGAAACUUCUCUCAAACGAAGUACUGUUAGUGAACAUGCCCCGGUUAGGACAAGCCAGCAUUAGCAGGGAACAUAGUCGACAAAUACCAUAUAAAUUCAGGAGUGCUGAGUACCAUGAAGUCCAGAGGGUUAGGAAAGCUGGUGACAAGGCGUCCAGUCUGGUCAGAGAGAAAGGAACUCAGUAGUUUGUGAGAUAGAAAGGAAACAAUCUCAUUCUCAGCGUGACUUGUAUAAUGACAAGUGACCUUCAGUAUCCCAAAAUGGAAAAAGUAGAACAGUAAUGUGGUGACAAAGACUCCCAGGAGAGUUAAUUGGAUAAAACCUUGGACAUCCAGGCCAGGGGUAUAGUUCACUGGUAAGAUUCUUGCCUGGUGUGCACAGAGCCCUGGGUUUGGUCCCAGAACCACAGAAACUUGGGGUACUUGAGAUAAGCAUUAGUUCUUUGUAGAUAAUUUUGGUAUUGCUUUUACUGGCCUUCUGUAUGAAAUAGGAAAGUAAAGUACAAGCAGACGUUUCUUAUGUGUUUUUCUAGAAUUUUCUAAUAGGUGAUAACUAAUUAGGAGUGCAGUAAUUCCUAAAUUAGAAUCUCUUUCUCCUCAUUUGUUUUUGAGACUAAUCUCAAACUCAGCUCUCAGCAAUCAUCUGCCUAAACCUCACGGGUACUGGCUACCAGGCCCAGCAACAGAUCUUAUUUUGUUGUUGGGAUCUAAUCCAGGGUCUGAUGCAUACGAGGCAGGUCCUCUAUCAUGGUGGUUCAUUCCCAACCCUGUUUCUAUAAUCUAAUUCUAAAACUCUUUUGAACAAUAAACCAAAUGCGGAAUGUUUUAACAGUGAGCUACCAAGAACCAUGUUAUAGAAAGAAAUGUCAAUAAUACACAGAUAGUUAUUAAAUACUCAUUGUGAGCCAAGUAUUUUGUUAGUUUGGCCUCACUCUCAGGUCACAGUACAGAAGUCAUACACUUCCUUGAGUUAAGUAACAAUUGUAAGUUCCUGGUAAGUCAGGUGGUGCCAUUACAACCACCUCAUUUGAUUUAAUAAUUUAACAGUUAUAGGCUUCUGUGUCGUAACUUUCAUUUUUUUUCCUAAUCUUCUAUUGUUUUGGAUGAUGUUGACUUGAUUAACCUAAACACUGUAUCAGUCUCCAAACCGAUUGGAAAUGUAGUGUUUGCAUAUUUCUCAUCUGAAGCACGAGGACAGAUUCAGAAUUAGUGUUCAUUCCCUAAGGUGAUAACCUACCAGAUGAUAAGGUUCAAUCCUAAAUCAAGUUAUAAAUCCUGACUUUUUUGUCUUGUUAUAUUCUGAAAUGCAGGCUUUUGUGAAAACUAGUAAAAGAUUUAUUUCCUCAUUUAAAAAAGUACUAUUAAAGAACAUUGCUUUUCCUUCUUGCUAUGUGAGGGGGAACUUUCAUUUUUCCCAAAGUAUGCAAUAUCUCAAGAUUUUUAUUGAGUCUUGGAUUAAAAUGUUUUUUGAUACUAUAAAGUAUAUUUUUUAUUUUCCAAUUUACAUUGUUUCCUUAAAUAUCAAAAAUAAUAAAUGAAAUAAAAUUUUAUUUUAAAAGGAC